GUUUUGCAGCGGAGUCCGGUUCCGGUGAGCGGUGUGCUGGAUCUCUCUCUCUCUCUCUCUCUCUCUCUCUCCCCCCGACAGAGAGCUCUGUUCUUCCAUAUACUGUACACUGAAAAGAGGAAUAAUGAGUGUGGAGGGUGUGUCCUCUCUACUGAUGACAUCAUCACCAGGUGGAUCACGCACCCUACCUGUGGAGCACCUGGACUAUGCCUACAUCCAGCAGUGUGGAGAUUUGAAAUACCUUGAAAAGAUCCUGCAUGUGCUCAGGUCAGGCACAGAGGGGGCGUAUCCACACCUGAUAGAGUUCUGCGAGAAGCGCAUUGAGACACUGGACCCGAGACAUCGCGCUCUGAGGAAGGACAUGUGUCCAGCAACCCCGGCCUCCUUCUCUGCAGACGAAUGGAAACACAUCACUGAUGACUUACAGGCCUGGCAGAGAGAGAUCACGGAGAGUGAGCAACAGCUCACACAGUCACCUGUUCUCAACACCGACACACACACACCUGUACACAACCGCACACCCCAGAGACCAACAAUCCCCAAAGCUAAGACAACACACAGUAAACGACGUGCUGUUCCCCGUGCAUACAGUGACUGGGACAGGUUUGAUGUUGAUGGAGAAUGUGCUCAGAUCGAUGAGGAUGUCAGUAAGAAUGAUGCUCCUGCUGUGAUGAACUCCACCCACACACACAUCACACAGCACAUUGACACCUCAGCUCUGACACACCAGGAGAAAUGUGUGUUAGCCACUCGGGAGAGGGAGAAAGGAAAUGAGGCCUUCAGAGUGAAGGAUUGGGAUGAGGCCGUAGCCUAUUACACCAGGAGUCUGUGUUUCUUGCCCACAGUAGCUGGGUUUAAUAAUCGAGCUCAGGCGGAGAUUAAACUGCAGCGCUGGACUGAUGCACUGAGAGACUGUGACGCUGUGCUGCACAUCGAAACACACAACUGUAAAGCUCUGCUGCGUCGUGCAACUGUCUACACACACCUGGGGAAGCUACAGGCAGCUCACGAUGACCUCAUAACUGUUCUUCAGUCUGAACCUCACAACAUCACAGCUCAGAACCUCCUGCAGGAACUGAAUAAGAAAAUAAAUGCAGAGCUGCAGCAUAAACCACGCCCAACAGACCAGCCAAUUAGAGGCAAGAAGCUUCUGAUACAGGAAGUGGAUGAGGAAAAGGAGGAAGAGACAGGUGGUGCAGGAGGUAUUGAAAGUUUGGAAGUGGACAAACAGACUCAGAGGAAUGCAGAGAGACAGACAGAUCUCUAUCUGGAGAGACAGACAGAUGGAGUGAGACAGGGUGUGGAAGCUGCAGUAGUGAGGAGUGAGGGAAAUGAGCUGUACAAGAAUGGACAAUACGGAGAUGCAGCUGAGAAAUACACACACGGCAUCACAGCACUUACUCAAUCAGGUGUGUACAGUGAGGAGGACGUGUUUUUUCUGUACUGUAACAGAGCUGCAUGCUUCCUGAAGAUGGGACAGUGUUCUGAGUGUGUGUCAGACUGCAGCCGAGCUCUGCAGCUGAAGCCGUUCAGUGUGAAACCUCUGAUGAGGCGAGCGAUGGCGUUUGAGACUCUGGAAAAGUUUCAACUCGCUUAUGUGGAUUACAGAACUGUACAACAAAUACACAACACACCCAGUGUACAGCAGCAUGUCAACAGGCUCAGUAAGGUGCUGAUGGAGCUGGAUGGCUUUGAUUGGAGAACAAAACUGCCAGAGGUUCCAGUUGUCUCAGUAUCAGCUCGACAUAACGGUACAGAGACUCUGUCCACAUCACAAACCCCACCCAUCACACACACUGUGCCCACGGUCAGAACCCUCCCUCAGACAGAGACUCCGCCUACUGUGAAGACUCCACCCACCACACAGUAUCCACCUUCAAUGGAAAUACUGCACACUGAGGCUCUGCCCAUCAGUGGUUCAUCUCAAACACGCAGAUGCAUCAACAUAGUCGAGGUGGAGAGUGAUGAAGAUGAUGAGGAAUGAAGAUCCUGCUGAUGAUGAUGGUGAUGAAGAUGAUGAAUGUGAAGAUGAUGGUUGUCUGAAAGUCACACUGAGAAAACACUCUGGACUCUUACAGUAAUACAGCUGUGUCUGAGGACUUCAAUCAUCAUGAGAACUUUAGGACUGCAGUUGUCAUGAACAGUUUAUAACUUCAGCAGACUUCCUGUUAAACUAAUGAAUUUCCUGUAAACACAGUUGUACUUUGUGACUCUAUAGGACACAGUGAUUGAAGUGAGUUAUUGAUAAUCACGCUGUCUGUUAUCAUCCAGAUGGGGAUGGGUUCCCUUUAGAGUCUGGUUCCUCUCGAGGUUUCUUCUCAUGAUGUCUCAGGGAGUUUUUCCUCGCCACCGUCACCUCAGGCUUCAUAAUGAGGGAUAAAUACAUUUAUUAGAGAUAAAAUUAGCUCAUGUUUAAGCCUUUAAAUUUCUAUAAAGCUUCUUUGCAACAGUCUGUUAUUAAAAACACUGGACAGAUAAACUUGACUUGAUGGUGAUGAUGAUCCUGCUGAUGGUGGUGAUGGUGAUGAAGAUGGUGGUGAUGAUUGUGAUGAUGAUUGUGAUGAAGAUGAUGGUGAUGAUCAAGGUGAUGGUGAUGAUGAUGGUGAUGGUUAUGGUGUUGAUAAUGAUGGUGAGAAUGGUAAUGAAGAUGAUAAUGAUAAACAUGAUGGUGAUGAUGAUGGUGAUGCUGAUGAUGGCGAUGAAGAUGAUGAAAAUGAUAAACAUGAUGAUGAUGGUGAUGAUAUCAAGACCUACAGUCCAGCAAAUACUUUUGAGUUUGGCCAGGCACUGAAAGCGGCCUGUUGCCAUGGUGAUGUAGCAGCGUGUGCUUGGCUCCUCAGAAGUGUGUCACCUCACGUACUCCCUCAGCACACAGCUGGACACACACUCCGCCUCAUCUCACACACACAUCCUACCCACUGAUCCCUCACACACCUGCACACUGCUCCCGGGUUCACGGUGUGAACACACACACACACCCCUCACUGGACACUACUGUACCAUGUUUCGACUGUUUAUUACUUAACAGUGCCUUGGUGUGUGUGUGUGUGUGUGUGUGUGUGUGUGUGUGUGUAGGUGGUUCUGAUGUUGAUAGACUCAGACGAGAGAAGACAGCUCGCACAGUUGUUUGAGUGUUUGUGGAUGGUGGAGUGUGAUGAGUUCACACAGGAGAACAUUAACAGCCUGGCUAAUAAAUUCAUAUAACGCACGCGCGUGCGCACACACACACACACACACACACACAUUUGUGGCUUUAAUAUGAUUUUUUUCCCCCCAAAACACCCAGUCAGAGGUGUGGUCAGAACUUGGGAGGGGCUAAUGAUGAGUAGUGUGGAAUUUGAUGGGCGGAGCCAGCACUUUGACCUGCUUAUGGUUACAAGUGUUCAUCAUGAAAAAGGAGAUGGGGGAAAGCUCCGCCCUGUCCAGUGCUGUGGCUCCGCCCUUCUAGCCUGUGGGGGAGAGAGCUGAUAUGAUCGUGAAAUUUGCUUCAUUUC